GUGAAGCCUAACUUUCAGUUCUUGGAUGUGUUAGUACCAACUAAAACGCAUCAAACCUUUUCAGUCUUCACAUAUAAAAUUCUUUUCAGCCAGAUCCACCAAACCUGCUUAAUUAUUCUUCUGAUCUUCUCUCUCUCUCUCAUACAUAUAUUUAAACCCUUAACACACAACUUUCUUUCGUUGUACUCUUACAAUAAACAGCCAUGGCCUGUGACAAGGGCUUCUCGAGCAGUUAUAUGCUGUUGAAGCCAGAGGAAGUGAGAUUCUUCGAUCUCCUUCGCCUCUUGUUCUCCACCAAAGUAGAGGAUAGGAAGUUUGUCGACUACUGCCCGGAUGCGGCGGCGGCGGCGGAAGACGUCAACUUCCGGCGAAGAUGGAUCAUAUUCGUCUCCAUAUUGGCUCAGAAGUUUCUUCUCUUUACGUCCAAGCCAUUGUUGUGGUUUGGUUCAGGGUUUGAGAGUUGGCUCAAUCUCGUUUCCUGCAAUCGCAACGUGGGUCGCCUCUUGCUUAAUUUCUUUCAAGGGAAAGUGGUAAAGCCAGAUAAAACGUCAGAAACUUUCUUGUCAUUCAUAGGAAACUUGGACAAGCGAGUGGAGCUAGAUAGCAGCAUCAAAUAUGGGGACCCCAGGUAUCACGGGGCACUCUCUAUGAUGGCCUCUAAAGCAUCCUAUGAAAACAAAGCUUACAUUGAAACCAUAGUAAGGGAUCACUGGAAGAUGGAGUGCUUGGGAACACAUGACUUCUGGAACGACUAUCAAGAAAAGGCCUCAACACAAGCCUUCAUACUUCGUGACAAGGCAGACGACCAUGAAAUAAUCGUUGUGGCGUUUAGAGGAACUGAACCUUUUGAUGCAGGGGAUUGGUGUUCUGACUUUGACAUCUCUUGGUAUGAGCUUUCAGGAGUUGGGAAAAUCCAUGGCGGGUUCAUGAAAGCUCUAGGUAUGCAAAAAAAUAUGGGUUGGCCAAAAGAAAUUGAAAAGCAAAACGACAACGACAUGAAUAAUACAGAACGACAACCAGUUCUAGCUUACUAUGCUAUUAGGGAAACUCUCAAGGACCUCUUGAGUAAAAAUGAGAAAGCCAAAUACAUAUUGACAGGUCACAGUCUAGGUGGGGCCCUCGCAAUUCUAUUUCCAGCGAUGUUGGUGUUGCAUGAUGAAUCGUUUUUAUUGGAGAGAUUGGAGGGGGUUUACACUUUUGGACAACCUAGGGUUGGGAAUGAGAAAUUUGGGCAGUUCAUGGAGAAACAAUUAAGGGAAAACGACAUUAAAUAUUUUAGAUUUGUCUAUGGUAACGACAUGGUGCCUAGGUUACCCUAUGAUGAUAAGGAUCUUAUGUUCAAGCACUUUGGUACGUGCGUUUACUUCAACAGGCACUACGAAGGAAAGAUUGUUGAAGAAGAACCAAACAAGAACUAUUUUUCACCGCUAGGGGCAAUACCCAUGAUGGUAAAUGCAUUUUGGGAGCUGAUUAGAAGCUUCACAAUUCCCCGCAAGAAAGGACCAGAAUACAAAGAAGGGUCCUUCCUCAGAUUGUUUAGAAUAAUUGGUUUGGUACUGCCGGGCAUACCAGCUCAUAGUCCUCAAGAUUAUGUCAACGCUACACGUUUGGGAUCCUCGGAUGUGUUCCUUACCCCCCAAGACCCUAAUAAUUCACCGGAAAAUAUUGUAUAG